ACGUGGCUGGGUGCGCGCCGGUCGAGCCCCGGCCGGCCGGGCCGCAGUGUCUGGCGGCCGUCGGCGGCGCACGAGCUCGGCCCUCUCCUCCGGAGCGCAGUCAUGGCCUCCAGCUCCACGUACUUCGUCGGCAUCGAGGGCGGCGGCAGUCACUCAGUGGCGCACGUGCUGGACGGCGGCGGCGCGCUGGUGGGCACGACGCACGGGCCCGGCACCAACCUCUACCUGGAGGGCCUGGACGAGACGAUCGGCCGCUUCCGCCAGCUGGUGCACGACGCGCUACGCGACGCCGGCGUGCCGACCGACACGCGUCUGCGCGGCCUGGGCAUCAGCUCCAGUGGAUGCGAGGCGGAGGAGACGGUGCGCGAGCUGCGCGGCCGGCUGAUGGCACUGCACCCGGGCCUCACCGACUGCUGCGUCGUCUGCAGCGACACGGCCGGCAUCAUGGCCACGGCGCUGGACGGCGGCGGCGUGUGCCUCAUCUCCGGUACCGGCUCCAACAGCCUGCUGCUCAACCCGGACGGCAGCGUGCACCGCUGCGGCGGCUGGUCCUACAUGCUCGGCGAGAAGGCCAGCGCCUGGUGGAUCGCCUACCGCGCCAUCAAAGCGCUGAUCGAGGAGGAGGACCACGUGCGUACGCCGCCGCACAGCUCAGACACGAUGCGACGCUGCAUCUUCGACUACUUCGAGAUCAGCGACCGGUUCGGCCUGCUGGAGCACGCCUACACGAGUUUCUCGAAGGCGCACUUCGCCGGCCUGUGCCGCCACCUGGCGGGCGCGGCGAAGGCCGGCGAUCCGCUCUGUCGGCAGCUGUUUGCCGACGCCGGCCGCUGGCUGGGCCGCUUCAUCGUGGCGCUGCUGCCGCGCGCCGCGCCCGCGCUGCUGCGGCAGCCCGGUGGCCUGCGUAUCGUCGCCGUCGGCGGCGUGUUCAACUCGUGGCCGCUGAUGCGACAGGCGUUCGUCGACGAGGUGACGCCCCACCAGAGCUCGUUUACCCUGCUGCAGCUGACCGGGUCACUGGCGCUCGGCGCCGCCUACCUGGCCGCCAAGGAGGCGCGCUUCGACCUACCUAAGGACCUCAGCAAGAACUCCAGCCUGCUCUGCCAGCGCGGCCAGUGACAGCCGCCGCCGCGGCCUGUGACAGCUGCCACUGCCGCUUGAGGUUAGGGGACAUGGCCAGAUCGUCCGCGCUUAUGUAUCGUAUAGUGGCGCGUCGGUCAGCGCCAAACGUAUAACGUUUUGAAAAUAGAAAAUACAGUCUUUGUUUAAGUCAUGACCAGCAAUCCACCGGAAUCACCACGACUUGUUCGUCCUACUUACUGUGAAAGCCCCUUCCUGGGUCGCCGCAGUUACGUGCAUUUACAAAAGGCGCACAUCGUAUGCGCCUAUCGUCACUGAAGUAGCGCUCUCAGCUUAGUCAGACGGUAAGUGCGCAGGAGGCGCUGCCCAGCUCAUCGGGCGCCGUAUCAGUGCUGUGGGCGUGGUGGGAGUGCGCUCAGUCGGGGCCGCUGCGUCAUGAAAGUCCCCACCGCGAAAU